AUGAUGGAUCAGAUCGAAAGCGUAAGUCUAAUUUUACCCGAAUCACUUGGAAUGGAGAAUGAUCCUGACGAUGAUUUACAUCAUGAAGAAUCUCGAAAUCAAAACGAGAUUGUCGAAUUACUCUUAGCUGCUUUCAACAAUGAUGCUGAUGUUGAUAUUUCGGCAGAAGAGUAUGAGGAAGAAGAUCACGAAGAAUCAUUGGAUACUUCAAGUCAAUCAAGUCAUCAUAGUUCUUCAAAUGAGAAUCAAUUACAUAACGGUGAUGUCCAUCAUCAUCAUAAUGAACAAAAUCGCAAUAUUCAUAAACAACCUUUAUUUUCUACACCAGCGGGCGCUUCACCUCCUGCAAUGAUUGCACCAACGACGGACGUCCGAAGAACUGAUUUAAAUAAUGAUGAUUAUCGUACGAUGUCUGCAUAUCCUCAUCACCACCAACAACAAGAACAAUUAUUUGAUGAUAACAUGUUUAAUACGGAUACAAAUGAAGAGGAUACCUUUAAUUUUAACUUGAAUAGUAACAACAACAAUAAUAAUACGAAUCAUAAGGGUAAAGUUCGUUAUAAUGGUUCACAAAUCAAUAACAAUAGUAACGGCAACAACGGCAUACAAUAUUUUGAUAAAACGCCUGCAAUCGAUAUUGAUCCGUUACAAGAAAAAUUUUUGUAUGCUAAACCAGAUAUUCAACAAAUAAGCAAAUUACAAAUAUUGUGUACUGUUAAAGAUCGCAAAAUAUACGAAUUAGAGAAUCGUUGUGAAGCCUAUUUUGAAAAAUAUAACAGUGAUUUACGGGCAUUGAAACACAAAAAUGAAUUGGCCGAAACUGCCAAGCAUGAUUAUGAACGACGGUAUGAAUCGACAAAUGAAAAAUGUAAUAAUUUAAUGCACGAAAAUAUGGAAUUACAAACAAAUUUAACAUUAUUGAAAACACAUAUACAAAAACUUGAUGAAUCAAAAUCAGAACUCGAAAAGAAACUAGAUGAAUCUGAAUCGUUGAUUGAUUCUCUACAUCGUAAAAUAAAUGAUUUACAACGUUUUGAAGCAAUAUCGCGUACUCAACAAGAUUGUGAAUUAGUUUUAACAAGUAUGAAAGAAAAACAUGAACAUGAAAUUAUAGCAUUAAAAGAAAAAUUGCAAGUGACACAGAUGAAUUUACAGGAAAAAAAUGUUGAACUUGAUGAUUUACGUGCUCAAUUAGAUGUUGCUUGUAAAAAUAAUGAACGUGCAAUUUUUGAAAGAAUGGAAACAAUUAAUAGACUUAAUCAACAAUUACAUGAAUGUCAACGACAGUAUAGUGAUUUAUUAACAAAUAAAUCAAUGGAAAAUUUAAAUCAAUCAGAAAUGAAACGUCAAUUAAAACGAAUUACGGAUGAAAAAGAGAAAAUGGAACAGACAUGUCAGAUAUUACAGACUGAAAUUCGAACAUUACGAGAGAGACUUGGAGUAACUGAAAAUGAUGUUAAUACUGAACUUUUUGGUAUUACAAAUGCAUCAAUCGUUGAAAUAUCAGGGUAUAUAUUAAAAUUUUUACAUUUAAAUACAUGUUUUUUAUCUCGUCAAGUUGUUCCGAAUGACUCUCAUUUUCUAACAGGAACAUUAUCUGAUGAUAAUGAAAAUGGAGAUGAGAAAACACUUUUACAUAGUAGUAACCAUGUUAAAAAUCAAAAAUUAUCAAAUGAAACAACAACAUUGAUUAAUGAAAAUUGUAAUUUAAAAAAACUUAUAGAUGAAUAUGCUUCAAAUGAACAACAUCUUAUUAAAUUAAAUGAAGAAUUACAUAAGCGUGAUGAUGAAACGAUGAAAAUUGAAGAUGAAAAUAAGGAACAAAGGGCCAUGAUUGAACAAUUAAUGAAUGAAAUUCAAACAUUAAAAAAGUCUAUCGUACAAUUAACAGAAAAGUCUGAUUAUGAGAAACAAGAGUUAAAAAUAAUUGUUGAACAAUUGAAUAGUGAUAAUGAGCAAUUACGUACGGAUAUGAGAGAAUUAGAUCGUACAAAAGAACUUUAUAUUAAUGUUUGUCAAGAAAAAAAUUCCAUUGAAGAUAAACUUCGUUUAAAAUAUGAACAAGAGAUUAAAUUAAAAUUAGAUGAAUUACGUAAACAAUCACCGAAUCAUGAAGAACUUGAACAAUAUAAAUUAGAUAUUAAAAAUUUAAGAGAAAAAAAUUUUGAAUUAGUUACAGAAAAGGAUAUAUAUUUGGAUGAAAAAUCACAUUAUGAAAAUAUUAUUGAUGAAAAAUUAAAAUUAAAUGAAGCAUUACGUAAUGAACACGAAAUAUUAGAAAAACAAUUGGAAACAAUAAAAAAUGAUCUUCAACAAAGAAUAACAUAUUUAGAGAAUGAUAAACAAAAAGAAAAAUUAUCCCAUGAGAAAUUAAUUAAUGAAUUAAAAUUAGAAAUAGAUCAGUUGAGAAUAAAUGAUGAAGCAAAACAGAACUUACAUUAUGUUGAAAAAGAAUUUGAACAAUUAAAAACUGAUUAUUACGAUCUGAAUUUAAAACAAAAAGAAUUACUAAAUAAUUUGAAUACAUUGGAGAAUGAAAAUCAAAAUCUAAUUAAAACAACUCAUUUAAUUGAACAAGAAAAAUUAGAUAUUAAAGAGACAUGGAAAAAUGAUGAAAUGAAAAUAUUCGAUGAAAUGAAACAAUUACAUGAACAAAUUGAUAAUUUGAAAAAAGAUUUAAUUAAUAAACAAAAUUAUAUUGAUAAUUUUCGACAACAGCAUGUUAUCAACGAAGAACAUCAAGAAUUAAAACAAGAAUUUGAGUCAUUACAAAUAAGAAUUAGUAAUUAUGAAAAUGCAGUAUCUCAAUAUGAAGAAUAUCGUUUGAAAUUAGAAAAUAAUUUGCAAAAAAUUACUCAACAACGUGAUACGUAUAAAAUGGAUUUACGUUUAAUGAAAGAUAUUUUACAAAAUAAAGAACAAGAAUUGACACAAAUAAAAUUGAAACUAGAUGGUUAUGAACGAAAAAUAAAUAAUCAAAAAGAGAAUGAUAAUUUACAGUUAGAAAAUAAAGAAAAAUAUGAACAAUUAGAAAAACGUUUAGAGGCACGUUAUGCAGAUGAAUACAAACAAAUGUUAACUGAUAAUAAAGAAUCGAUACAAAAAAUUAUUAGUGAGAAAGAAAUUGAGAUAGAAAAAGAGAAGACUCUUCAGUAUGAAGCUAAGUUAACAGAAAUGAGAAAACAAAUAACCAAUCUCGAAAACAAAAUAAAAGAAAUGACACACAAUACAGGAACAACUAUUCAGGAGAAAGAAGCUGAAUAUCGUGAAAAAAGUUUAUUACAUGAAAAUGAAAAACAUCAGUAUGAAGUGCGCAUUCAAGAAUUAAAUCGUGCACUAAAUUUGGCCGAUUCACAUUUAAAACAAGAAAUAGAAAAAAUAAAAACUAGUCUUGAACAAGAAUAUAAACGACGUUUUGAAAAAGAGCAAGUAUUGUUAAAACAACAAAUUGUAAAUACAUUAAAUCAACAACAUCAACAAGAUUUAGAAAAAAUGAAACAAAAAUUAACAAAAGAUUUUGGACAACAACAACGUUCAGUUACACCAACGAAUAGUGCCAUUUCUACAGGAACUACUGGUUUAACAUCAGUAUCAACGGGCAAUGAAUCAAAGAAAGAUGAAAUACAUUUACAAGAUUCAGAAGAAAUGAAAAAACUCUAUCGUAAUGAAAUUGAUCGUUUAUAUAAAGAAAAUAUUGAUUUAAGUCAACAUCAAGCAAAAUUAAUUGAUACUCAUCAAAAACAAAUUCAAACAAUGAAAAAAGAUUUAGAUGAUGGAUAUACAAAUGUUAUUGAAGAAUGUCAACGUGAACAAAAACGUCUUCAAGCAAGAAAUGAACAAUUGAAACAACAAUUAGAUAAUUGUGAAUAUAUUAUACAACAAUUAAAAAUAAAUAUAAAUGAUUUGAAAACAACACAUUUUGAUGAAAUAACAAAAUUAAAAGAAGCCUAUACAAAUGAAAAACAUAUUUAUGAACAAGAUAAUAAAAAUCGUCAAGAAAAUUUACAAAAUCGUAUUGAACAUUUAGUUAAAUUACUCGAACAAUCAAAUGAAACAUUGAAUAAUGAUCGAACGCAGUAUACACAACAGGAAAGUGAUUAUCAACAAUUAAUUUCAUCAUUACAAAUGAAAAUAGCCAAUAUGAUUAGACAACAUACAAUAACUGUUGAUGAUUUGAAAAAUGAAUUAAAUCAAGAAAGAUUAAAAUUACAUAAAAAUCAAAAAACAAUGGCAGUUGGUCUACCUGAAUUUGUUCAGACUGAUUUAACAAUGCGAGAUAUGAUCUCGUUUGAUUCUGUUAAAGAAACUUAUUUAGCAACGGUUGAGAAAUUACGAGGUAAUGCAGUACUGAAAAAUAGUUCGUCGGUUGUUCAACAUGAAGAUGUGGGAAUAGUUAAUUAUUUGGAUAACAUUGAAUUGACAACGAAGAAACAAAUACAAAAUGAACUUUCUAAAAGUCGUAAUGACAUGAUUAAAGAAAUAAGACGGGAAUUAUUUGAAAGAAUGUCAAGUGCGUUGAGAAGUCAAGGAAUGUCUGAUUCUGUUAUUGAUGUUCAAGUAUUUGAAUUGGAUCGAUUAUUAUUACAAAUGGCUCAAGAUUGUUUUGAUUCUCUAACUUCCUGUUCAUCAUCAUCUACCGUUUCAUCAAAUUCUUAUUCUUCUAUAAAUACUAGUCAUUCAUCCGCCCUUUUGCAUUCAAAAUCACCACUGUCUUCAAAUCAUUGCAAUCAAGUAACGCCCCAAAGACAAAUUCAUUAUGAACCAAAGUACUCCACCUCUCCACCACCAACAUCAAUAACAAAUUCGAAUAAAGAAAGUCUUUGCUCAUCAAUGAAUACCUUACAAUUAGUUAAAAAUUCCAAAUACUCAUCAUUUGAAGAUAAAAAUGAUCAUAAUAAUCACAAUAUUAGCGAAAGUAUGGUUAAUCUUCCAUUAAGAGUAGAUGAAAGCCCAUUGCGAAAAAGUAUUGACUGUCUGUAUAUAACACCGGUUGGAAAUAAAAAACAUCAGGCUCCAGUACCACCAUCAAUUUCAAAAUCUGCACUAACAUAUCAUGUCGCAGUUGAAAGUAGUCCAAAUAAAGUUCGUCCAAAAUCGGCAUCAAAUAUUUUACAACGGCAAAAAGGAACGAAUAAAAAUCAUUAUUAUCAUCACCAUAAUCAACGAAACAUGAAAAAAUUAUAUAGAAGUGAAAAUGAUUUAAUAGCUGUUCAACAUGAGCAAUAUUAUCAACACGCAAGUCAUCCCGAUUAUAGUGAUAACGAGGAAAAUGCUGAAGACAGGGAGAAUGAUGUUAGUUCUGAAGAAGAAGAAGAAGAAGAAGAACUGGAUGAAAAUCAAAACACGUCAUCGGCUACCACAGCAACAGAAGAUACAUUAAAAGCUGACGAUGAUGAGAUAAAAUCAACAAUUGUCGACAACGAUAUUGAACAAAUACCUCCAAAAUCGGUUAGAGCAUUAACAACCCUUUUCGAACAAAAUACCAAACAAUUUCAGAAUAAAAAUUUCAAUACAAAUAUGCGUCGUUCCAUUGAAGUAGUGAAUAAUGUUGAUAAUAGAUCAAAAACAAACUCUCUACCCGAUCAUUCACGUUCAAAAUCACGACCAACACAUCUUGUUAUUAUUGCCGAAAAUAGUACAACGAAUAAUGGCAAUGGUAGUACUAGUAAUCGACAUACCGACGAUCGUUCUGUUGCAUCCUCAUCCCCUUCUACAGUAUUAUCAAUAGAUCAAAAUGAUACUGGAAAUCAAAUACCAACAUCAACCGGUGGACUCAAAAAAUAUAUUCGAAAUGGUCUAAAAUUAUUUUAUCAAUCACCGCAUCAUCAUCAACAAUAUAAAAUACAGAGUGUUACAGAUAAAAAAUGA